UUCCUGUCCUCCCUCUCUCUGGAACCUGUGUUAAAGGUCUAGGUCUCUUGGACUAGUCUACUCUGGUCUACACCUCUAGUCCUCUGAGUGUCCUGGGACGUGUUUUAAGGACCAGGGUCUAGGUGUACUUGCAGCAACAGCAGUACUAGUACUAGUAGUAGUAGUAAUAGUAGUAGUAGUAGUAAUAGUAGUAGUAGUAUUAGCAGUUGUAGUAGCCCCCCCAGCAGCAGCAGCAGCCAUGGAGGCGGCUCUAGUGGACUUUGAGAGUCUGGACGACUCCAAACUGGAAGAUGAGGUGGAUAACCCAGACAACACGGACGAGACCACGACCCUGACGGUCGACAUGCCCCCCGAAAACUGCUCCAUCCACGACUCCCAUCACCUCCUUUCCCCUCAGCCCAACCUCACAUCCACCCCCCAGCACCACUACCCCUCCGAACACUCCUCCCACCACAUCCUUUCCCCUCAGCCCAACCUCACAUCCACCCCCCAGCACCACUACCCCUCCGAACACUCCUCCCACCACCUCCUUUCCCCUCAGCCCAACCUCACAUCCACCCCCCAGCAUCACUACCCCUCUGAACACUCCUCCCACAGGAGGAAUACCUCCCCUUGCCCGUACCCCUCCCCCAAUACUCUGGAUGUGCCCCAGUCACCCGUCAUGCCACCCCACAGCAGGAGGGGGCGUCCUAGCUGUGCCAGCAUGAUCACCAACUGGAAGUUGCUGCUGAGUAGCGAGACCCAUAUGCAGAGCGAGACCAUCUUCAGCCGGCUGGCUAAGGAGUGCUGCGAGGAUGUGUUCGUGGAUAAGACGGGUCUAGACGACGGAGACCAGAAGGUCAUCAUCAACAUCGCCGGGCUACGCUUUGAGACGCAGCUCAAAACGCUCGAUCAGUUCCCUGAGACCCUUCUGGGGGACGCUAUGAAGAGGAUGGACUACUUUGACCCCAUGAGGAAUGAGUAUUUCUUUGACAGGAACCGGCCCAGCUUCGAUGGCAUCCUGUACUACUACCAGUCAGGAGGGAAGAUACGUCGGCCGGCCAACGUUCCGCUGGAUGUGUUUGCUGAUGAGAUCGUGUUCUAUGAGCUGGGGAGCGACGCCAUGGAGCAGUUCAGAGAGGACGAGGGCUUCAUCAAGGAAGUGGAGAUCCCUCUCCCGACUAAUGAGAUGUACCAGCAGUUCUGGCUGCUGUUCGAGUACCCCGAGAGUUCCAACGCAGCACGCGGCGUGGCGCUGGUCUCUGUGUUUGUCAUCGUUAUCUCCAUCAUCAUCUUCUGUAUGGAGACGCUACCGGAGUUCCGGGAUAACUCCCUGGACCCCGUCCUACCCACAACCGUCACGAAUCUGAUGCCUUUCAAUGGGAACCAAUCGCUGGGCGGCCUCGGGACCUUGUUCCCGCCCUCGGCCACACCCAAAACCAUCACCUCCACGUUCUCCGACCCGUUCUUCCUCAUUGAGACGGCCUGCAUCGUCUGGUUCUUCUUCGAACUGGUUGUGCGCUUCGUGGUCUGUCCCUCCAAGAGCAACUUCUUCCACAACCUCAUGAACAUCAUCGACAUUGUCUCCAUCAUCCCGUACUUCGUCACCUUGGUAACGGAGCUGGUCACCACCCCGGACCAGAACUCCAGCCAGAACAUGUCCCUGGCCAUCCUUCGUAUCAUCCGUCUGGUCAGGGUGUUCAGAAUCUUCAAGCUGUCCAGACACUCCAAGGGGCUCCAGAUCCUGGGCCAGACCCUGAAGGCCAGCAUGCGGGAGCUUGGCCUUCUCAUAUUCUUCCUCUUUAUUGGAGUCAUCCUCUUCUCCAGUGCCAUCUACUUUGCUGAAGUGGACGAGCCCAGCACACAGUUCGUCAGCAUACCUGACGGCUUCUGGUGGGCCGUGGUCACCAUGACUACGGUGGGCUAUGGGGACAUGUGUCCGAUCACCAUGGGCGGUAAGAUGGUGGGGACGCUGUGCGCCAUCGCUGGUGUGCUGACCAUCGCCUUACCCGUCCCCGUCAUCGUGUCCAACUUCAACUACUUCUACCACCGGGAGACGGAGGCGGAGGACAAGCAGCCGAUGGCGGAUGCAGCAAAGCUGGCCAUGAAGGCCUCAGAAGAGAGUAAACAUGGGAGUAGCACCUCUCUGAACAAGACCAACGGGACCUGGCAGGGUGAAAAGCUCACUGGCCUCUGAGAUUUACAGAGACUGACAGGUCCACUGUAGAAGAGACAAUGUGUGACAGAGAG